AUGUUACCACCAUGUUCUAGAUGUGGAAAAGAUGAUUUCAAAAAGACUCAAGAUCGAGAUGCAUACUUAAAUCAUAAAUUUCUAUACAAAUCUAGUAAUAUCCAAAAUCUUAUUGUAGCUUCAAUAUUAUUACAACAAAAUUUAGCUACAGAUCAAAUUUUAACUCAAACCUAUGUUUCUAUAGAUAGAUAUAAUGCAAGCACUAAUGAAAAAUGGUCCGAAUUAGGUGAAUUCUUGCUUUAUGACUAUCCAAAAAGAAAUAUCAUAACUGUAAAAGGCAAUUUUAGUGGUAAACCACAAGCAGUUAUUCCAUCUCCUGAAAAUAUAAAAUAUAAAUUCAAUCAUUAUGUUGAGGACCGUAAUAAAUAUUUAGAAGCGCCCUAUAUGCCUCAACUUAUAGCAAAUGCAAGAGAACAAAUUACAAGGGUACUUAAAGCCAAAUUGUGUAAAAAAGAUCAAAUAAAAACUGCAUUAAUUGCUCAAUGUAUAUAUUCUAGGCAUGUUAGCAAAGGGAAGGACAAACUUAAAAGUUCAUUAACUAUAAUUGCUUAUCACAGAAGCCUUAUGUGUGUUAUUCUUACAGAAAAAGAUAUUAAUGAACAUAUAAAUUUAUCUAUAUCAAAAAUAGAUAAUGCUAUAGACACAUUUAUGCAAAAAGGAUCAGGAAUGAAUUUGAUAAGAAUUGAAAUGCUAACUAUUGAAGCUUAUAUAUAUCAAAGAGCAUUUGGUGGAUUAUAUAUUUCAACACCAAAGAAGCUUGCCAAUACCAAAUAUACAAUCAAUCCUGAUAAUUCUGAAAUAAUCAAUCCAGUUACAAAUAUGCUAUCUGAUAAUUGUCUUCAAGGUGCAUUAGCUUGUUAUUUUGCUAAUAAAGAUGGAUAUACAGAACACCUUGAACGAAUAUAUACAAAAAAGGAUUAUAAGCAAUACUUAGAUAUAAUUGAAGAAAUGAAUCCUGAUAUCUCUAUUAAUGUCUGGGAAUGGAAAGAAGAAGCAGCAACACCCAAAUCUGUAAUUUAUAGCAAGAACUAUAAUAGACCACAUAUUAUCCAUCUAAUGGCUUUUACAGAUAUUACUAAAUCUGAAGAUGAUAAGUACAGGCAAAAAAAUCACUUCUUAUGGAUUAAGAAUUAUGAUGGAUUAGUAUUCAAGAAUACAAAACAUCAUAGUGAAGAUUGUCAAAGAGUUGAUCUAUCCACAAAAGGGGUUAAUAACUUUGAAAAGUUUAAGAACUAUGAACAAAUAAUCAAUGCUCUAUGUAUUAUUAUAGCUGACUUUAAGACUGAUAAUAAGAAAUAUGAUAAGAAAUAUGAAGGGCAAAUGCAUAAGAUUGCUGAGCAAAAGGCCAAUAGCUUUUGCUACUUGGAAUUUGUCAAAAGAAUUGAUAAGGAAUUAGUUCAAAUUAAUAGAGUUUUAGCUAUAAAACAUGAUCAAAUUGAGACCAACAAAGACAAAAAGAAAUUCAAUGAAGCAGAUAGUUGUUGGAUAUGCAAAGAAAAAUUCAUUAUAGAUGAAGAUAAAGUUGUAGCUGAGACAUUUAAGCAAUACAAGUCUAUGAAGAUAGGCCAGCUUAAAUAUAUAGAUAGCAUGCAGUUUAUGAAUAGUAGCUUAGCUAGUCUUACAAAAAAUUUGGGUGAUAAUCAUCCAAUAACAUCUGAGCACUUCAAAAAACUAGGCUAUACAAAAGAUCAAUUAGAUUUAGUAUAUCGAAAAGGAGUUUAUCCUUAUGAUUAUAUGGAUUUACAGGAUAGUGAAUACCAUGAUAUAUAUCUUAAAACCGAUGUGCUUAGUCUUGCUGAUGUCUGGACACAGUUGCGAAAAAUGUCUAUGGAAUAUGAUGGACUUGAUCCUAGCCAUUAUGUUUUACUUCCAGCAUAUUCUUGGGAUGCUAUGCUUAAGAUGACAGAUGUUAAAAUUGAGCUCUUUACAGAUAUGUCUAUGCAUGAUUUUAUAGAAAAAGCUAAGUGUAGAGCUGUAGAAAACAUGCCUGUAAAUAAAAAUAUGUUGUGUCCCUAUACUACAGAGCUUGUAGAUAACUUAGAUAGUGAAUGUUUCUCAGUUACAGAAAAAUUAGUACCCCAUCUUGGUCCACAAGAAGAUUAUGAUAAUUGGCUUGCCCCCUAUAUAGCUUUUAAUACAGAAAAACAUAAUGAGGUCAAAAAAGCUGGAAAUACAUUUCUAAGUAACUUUUUCAAACUCAAAAAUAAUGCUAUAUAUAGUAAAACUAUGGAGAAUAUUCGUAAACCCUUAUUUAAGUAUGCUAGACAACUUGAUCCUUCACUUAUAAGAGCACAUAUGGGAAAAGCUAGUAUAACUCUUAAUAAGCCUAUUAUUGUUGGAGCAUCAGUCUUAGGUCUUAGCAAACUUCACAUGUAUCACUUUUGGUAUGGGUAUGUAAAAGAGAAAUAUGGUGAUAAAGCCCAGCUUGGAUAUAUGGAUACAGACUCUUUUAUAUUUCAAGAUGAAACUCCAGACAGUGUAAUUACAGAAUCCUAUCAUAUUCGAGCCAAGUCUUAUCACUAUAUUUUGGCAAAUAAGUCUACAAAGUCUAAGCAUAAAGGAGUUAGCAAAAAGGAUAUGAGUGAAAUGGCUAUGAACUCUUAUAUGCCAGCUUUAGAAGGGUUCUUGCUAGAUGAUUCAGUAGACAGAUCAUUAUUAACAGAGCAAGAAGCCAAUGAUUUGGCUAUGCGAACUAAGGCAGAUUCUAUAACUCUAGCAUUUUUAAAACAUGAAGUUGAUAGAUACCAAAGAAAUAAAAAAUCUCAAUAUAAUCCUACAAUAGAAGCAGAGACAAAGUCUCGAAACUCAGCUUCCUUAGUACUUUAUACCAAUAUUGCUUCAUUAUACUCUAAAGAAGAGGUUAAUGCCAGAAUCAAAGAAGCUACAGAUAAUUUAUGUCAAGAAUUUAUUAAAUCUACUAAAGAAACCUUAAAAACUAUUAAGCAACAGAAAGAUAUAGAAUGUAAUCAAAUUAAGAUAGAUAUGGCUAAUUGGAAAGAAAAAGAUGGUAAAUCAUAUUCUAAUAUAUCUUGGAAAACGUGA